UUUUUAAUUCCUCCCAGCCUCCUUCUCCCCCGCGCCCUUCCUCGCGGCUGGAGGGAAAAGCCCGUGCAGGAGGAGGAAGGGUUCGGUGUCAAUUUUUUUCUUCUUGGGGUGUGUGUGUGUGUGUGUGUGUGUGUGUGGCCGCGGCCCGAGCCUGUGGCGCGCGGGUAGGCAAACGGGGAAGAUCCCCGGUGCGGUUAAAAGAACCAUGGAUGGCCCGACGCGGGGACAUGGACUCCGGAAAAAGCGGAGGUCGCGAUCACAGCGAGACCGGGAAAGACGCUCCCGGGCCGGGUUAGGAACCGGUGCUGCGGGUGGUGGAGGAACCGGCCGGACCCGGGCUCCCUCGCUGGCUUCAUCGUCGGGCUCCGACAAGGAAGACAAUGGAAAGCCCCCAUCCUCCGCCCCGUCCCGGCCCAGACCCCCGCGGAGGAAGCGCAGAGAGUCCACCUCAGCCGAAGAGGACAUCAUUGAUGGAUUUGCCAUGACCAGCUUUGUUACUUUUGAAGCGCUGGAGAAAGAUGUAGCAGUUAAGCCUCAGGAACGAGGGGAGAAACGGCAGACUCCUCUGACCAAGAAGAAACGAGAAGCUCUUACCAAUGGUUUGUCUUUUCACUCCAAGAAGAGCCGGCUCAGCCACUCGCACCACUACAGCUCAGAUCGAGAAAAUGACCGCAACCUCUGCCAGCACCUUGGGAAGAGAAAGAAGUUGCCAAAGGGACUCAGACAGCUCAAGCCAGGACAGAACAGCUGCAGGGACAGUGACAGCGAAAGCGCUAGCGGAGAAUCCAAGGGUUUCCACCGGAGCAGCUCUCGCGAGAGGCUCAGCGAUAGUUCAGCUCCUUCCAGCUUGGGAACAGGCUACUUCUGCGACAGUGACAGCGACCAGGAAGAGAAGGCAUCAGAUGCGAGCUCUGAAAAACUCUUCAACACUGUUCUUAUAAACAAAGAUCCAGAGUUAGGUGUUGGACCACUGCCCGAACACGACAACCAAGAUGCAGGGCCAAUUGUCCCCAAGAUCUCGGGUCUAGAGAGAAGCCAGGAGAAGAGCCAGGACUGUGGCAAAGAGCCCGUCUUUGAACCCGUGGUGCUCAAAGACUCUCAUCCUCAGCUCCCCCAGCUACCGUCGCAGCCUCAGGUGGAACCCCGGCUCCAGGGUCCGUCUCCAGACCCCGACUUGGUCCAGCACACGGAGGCUCCGCCCCAGUUUCCUCCUCCAAGUACACAGCCAGCCCAAGGGCCCCCAGAAGCCCAGCUACAGCCUGCCCCACAGCCUCAGGUGCAGCGGCCACCCCGGCCGCAGUCCCCCGGCCAUCUGCUCCAGCAGGCCCUCCCGCCGGUGCAGUCCCAUCCCUCCUCCCAGAACCUCUCCCAGCCACUGUCGGCCUACAACAGCAGUAGCCUGAGCCUCAACAGCUUAAGCAGAAGCGGUACUCCAGCCAAGACCCAACCCGCCCCUCCUCACAUCUCCCACCAUCCCUCCGCUUCUCCUUUCCCCCUCUCUCUGCCCAACCACAGCCCCCUGCACAGCUUCACGCCAACCCUCCAGCCCCCUGCCCACUCACAUCACCCCAAUAUGUUUGCCCCUCCCACUGCUCUGCCUCCUCCCCCACCGCUGACGUCUGGAAGUCUGCAGGUGCCCGGGCAUCCCGCAGGGAGCACUUACUCAGAACAAGACAUCUUGAGGCAGGAACUGAACACGCGUUUCCUGGCCUCUCAGAGCGCCGACCGAGGGGCUUCCCUGGGCCCUCCGCCCUACCUGCGGACCGAGUUCCAUCAGCACCAGCAUCAGCACCAGCACACGCAUCAGCACACGCACCAGCAUACCUUCACGCCGUUCCCCCACGCCAUCCCACCCACUGCCAUCAUGCCGACGCCAGCACCUCCCAUGUUUGACAAAUACCCCACCAAAGUUGACCCAUUCUACCGGCAUAGUCUCUUCCACUCCUAUCCUCCUGCAGUCUCGGGUAUACCCCCCAUGAUCCCACCCACGGGCCCUUUUGGUUCACUCCAAGGAGCGUUCCAGCCGAAGACAUCCAACCCUAUCGAUGUGGCUGCUCGGCCUGGAACAGUCCCCCACACUCUACUCCAAAAGGAUCCAAGGUUGACAGAUCCUUUCAGACCUAUGUUAAGGAAACCAGGAAAGUGGUGCGCCAUGCACGUGCACAUCGCCUGGCAGAUUUACCACCACCAGCAGAAGGUCAAGAAACAGAUGCAGUCGGACCCACACAAGCUGGACUUCGGGCUGAAACCUGAGUUCCUGAGCCGUCCUCCAGGCCCCAGUCUCUUCGGGGCCAUCCAUCAUCCCCACGAUCUGGCGCGACCUUCGACUUUGUUCUCUGCCGCUGGUGCUACACAUCCUACCGGGACCCCCUUUGGGCCGCCACCUCAUCACAGUAACUUUCUCAACCCUGCCGCUCACCUAGAGCCUUUUAACCGGCCGUCGACAUUCACGGGCCUUGCCGCGGUCGGCGGCAACGCCUUCGGUGGACUUGGAAACCCUUCAGUUACACCCAACUCAGUGUUCGGCCACAAGGAUAGCCCCAGUGUGCAGAACUUUAGCAAUCCUCACGAGCCCUGGAACCGGCUGCACCGAACGCCUCCGUCGUUCCCGACCCCUCCGCCCUGGCUGAAGCCAGGGGAGUUGGAGCGCAGUGCGUCCGCUGCAGCCCAUGACAGAGAUAGAGAUGUAGAUAAACGAGACUCCUCCGUUAGUAAAGAUGACAAGGAAAGGGAAAGCGUUGAGAAAAGACACCCCAGCCAUCCUUCCCCAGCACCUCCCGUCCCGGUGAGCGCCCUGGGCCACAACCGCAGCUCUACCGAUCCGACGACCAGGGGUCAUUUGAAUACUGAGGCUCGUGAGAAAGAUAAACCAAAAGAGAGGGAGAGAGACCACUCGGGAUCCCGAAAGGACCUGACCACCGAAGAGCACAAAGCCAAGGAAGGCCACCUGCCCGAGAGAGAUGGGCAUAGCCACGAGGGACGUGUAGCAGGCGAGGAACCCAAGCAACUGUCCCGGGUGCCAUCACCCUAUGUGAGGACACCAGGUGUGGAUAGCGCGAGGCCUAAUAGCACCUCCAGCCGGGAGGCCGAGCCACGCAAGGGUGAGCCGGCCUAUGAGAACCCCAAGAAGAGCGCCGAGGUCAAGGUCAAAGAGGAACGCAAGGAAGACCACGACCUACCUACAGAGGCCCCACAGGCCCACAGGACCUCCGAGGCACCUCCACCCAGCUCCUCAGCCAGCGCCAGCGUGCACCCGGGGCCUCUGGGAUCCAUGCCCAUGACCGUGGGAGUGACUGGUAUCCAUGCCAUGAACAGUAUCGGUAGCCUGGACAGGACACGCAUGAUGACCCCGUUUAUGGGCCUCAGCCCCAUCCCAGGGGGGGAGCGCUUCCCAUACCCCUCUUUCCACUGGGACCCCAUGAGGGACCCCUUGAGGGAUCCUUACCGUGACUUGGACAUGCACCGAAGGGACCCUCUGGGCAGGGACUUCCUGCUCAGGAAUGACCCCCUGCACCGGCUCUCCACACCCCGGUUGUACGAAGCCGACCGUUCCUUCAGAGACAGGGAGCCUCAUGAUUAUAGCCACCAUCAUCACCACCACCACCACCCGCUAGCUGUGGACCCUCGACGGGAGCAUGAACGGGGCGGACACCUAGAUGAACGCGAGCGGCUGCACGUGCUUCGGGAGGACUACGAGCACCCACGGUUGCACCCCGUGCACCCCGCUUCUCUGGAUGGACACCUCCCACACCCGAGCCUGCUCACGCCAGGCCUGCCCAGUAUGCACUACCCUCGCAUCAGCCCUACCGCGGGCCACCAGAAUGGACUGCUCAACAAGACCCCGCCCACCGCGGCACUCAGCGCCCCACCUCCGCUCAUUUCCACACUGGGGGGCCGCCCAGGAUCCCCCCGGAGGACUACGCCUCUGUCGGCUGAAAUCCGAGAAAGGCCACCGUCCCACACACUGAAGGACAUCGAAGCUCGAUAAGUCAGGAGGACGAGGCAGACCUCAGAGUUGGGGGAAAAACCCCAGGGACACCCCCCUCAAGACUCAAGAGACAACUCCUGCACCCCCAAAAUUGAGAGGUGCAGAGCUCCAACUCUUCCCCUUGGAAAAAAAAAAUGGACAGAGACUCCGUUUGGGUGUUGAAAUGUUUUGUAUAUUAAUGUUGGAAUUUUUUCAGACCUUUUAUCCAGACCUGUUUGUCCUUACAUCUCCUUACUUUUUGAUUUGGUUGUUCCUUGCAUCAAAUUUUGAUUUGAACCAAAACGGUGAAGGUUAUGACACACAAGGAUCUGACGCUAUGGGGGUGAGGGGCGCCUGUCCGUCACCCAGAGCUGUCCCAGAGGAGGAGGCGUGUACAUAGGUUGUAAAAAGAGAUUGCUUCAUGAGCUGACGGUUCAUAUAUGCAAAAGAUAAAGACGAAAGCUUUACUUGUACACAUGUAAAUAGGUAAAGAUUAAGUAACGUAAUACAUUAAUACUUCUUCAGAUGUGCUAUUUACAAGUCUAAUGUCCGUGAACUUGGCCCUCCAAGGAGGCCCUGUUCCCACCUGCUAAAUCCUUCAACUAUGCAAUGAACACGCGGGCUUUUCCCCAAAGCCCAUGAAUCUCAAAGGAGCCUUUUCAAAUCCAUUUACAACAUAUUUAAGGUCAUAGUUUCCCUGAACAAGCGCUUACCUGAGACGUUAUACAGCUGUUUUCCUUUUUUUUUUUUAUUUUCAGUUUUUUGUUUGUUUGUUUUUCAAAUGGAGGGAACAUGCCUCCCCCGCCCCCCCCUUUUUUUUUUUAAAUCUGGAACCCAGGCUGGAACUUCGCAUCUGAAGUUGCUGCUUGUGGUCUUCCCUGGAGAAAUGGGGAAAGGUGCGCCCGCCCCCUUAUGCCCCUCUGGAAGUGGAACUAAGCCCGAAGUAGCUUUGCCCAGGGAAGAUGGGAUUGUUCUUUGAUAAUCAGGGGCAGAUGGGUCGUGUCUGCCAGGCACAGAGAGGUCACCAGAAUUUCUGGUCACCUCUGAGGUCGUGAUGUUGCAGGCAGCUUCAAGUGGGAACCUUGCCUUUCCCACCCUCCACCCUGAGUCCUAUCUCCUAGCAUGUUCACACUUCCUCGUUCCAUAAUGUGAUUUAUGGACACUCACACAGAUCCCAAAAGAAAGCUGUCCGGGUUUCCUUCGCGGAUGGGUAUGUUUCCACGGUAACUGCCGAAUUGAAGGUACACGGAGCGCAAUGUGAAUCGUUGAUACUCCAAUAGGAAAUGGAAGCCUGGGAAGAGCUGAACAAGUAGAUUGUGUCAGAGCCAUCAGGAAUUACCGAGGGCGAAAGGUGGCAGAAGUGUGCGCGUGAGUGUGUGUGUGUGUGUGUGUUUGCGCGUGUGCACUCUUGUGCCAGCGUGUGAGCGCCUGUGUGUGUGUGUGCUCUUGUGCAAGCGUGCGCGCUCGUGUGUGUGUGUGUGUGUGUGUUGAGUUUUCAUCAGUCUUAAUGUCUUCAUGACAAUUUUAUAAAGACAUUAACCCUCUUGUCUACAUAUUUGGAGAGAAUAUGACUUUACUAGCCGAGAAAAUACAAUAUAUCUUGUCUACUGGCCUGUAAGAUACAUGUAAGAAAUAAAAAUUAGUCCCAUUUGGUCCUCUAGUACAUUAAAGUGCUACCUGAUAUUGUUAUCCUGUUUGUUU